CUGGGCCUCGUCACGGCGCUCAGCUUCGCCUCGCGCUUCCACCGCCUGCCGGAGCCGCCGCACGUCUGUUGGGAUGAAACUCAUUUUGGAAAGAUGGGAAGUUACUACAUUAAUCGGACCUUCUUCUUUGAUGUCCACCCUCCUUUGGGGAAGAUGCUCAUUGGACUUGCUGGCUACCUUAGUGGAUAUGAUGGAACAUUUCCUUUCCAAAAGCCAGGGGACAGAUAUGAACAUCACAACUACGUGGGAAUGAGAGGGUUCUGUGCAUUCCUUGGCUCCUGCCUGGUUCCCUUCGCCUACCUCACAGUUCUGGAACUGUCCAAGUCACUGCCUGCAGCCUUACUCACAGCUUUCAUCCUUAUUUUUGAUACAGGCUGUAUUACUUUGUCUCAGUAUAUUCUGCUUGAUCCCAUUCUGAUGUUCUUCCUCAUGGGAGCUGUUCUGGGAAUGGUGAAAUGUAAUACCUGUGCAGAUAGGCCAUUUUCCAUCUCCUGGUGGUUCUGGCUGAGUCUGACUGGGGUGAACCUUGCUGGAGCCAUGGGGGUGAAGUUUGUUGGCCUUUUUGUAGUCUUGCUGGUUGGCCUGAACACAAUCUGUGAUCUUUGGGACUUGCUGGGGAACCUCAGCCUAUCACUGGUCAUGUUUGGGAAGCAUUUACUGGCUCGAGUGCUCUGCCUCAUCGUGCUCCCACUUGCCCUCUACACGGCCAUGUUUGCUGUUCACUUUGCAGUUUUAAAUAAAAGCGGCCCUGGCGAUGGUUUCUUCAGUUCUGCCUUUCAGUCGCAGUUGAUUGGGAACAAUCUUCAUAAUGUCUCUGUUCCAGAGCACUUGGCCUACGGCUCUGUGGUCACAAUGAAGAACCUGCGCAUGGCAGGGGGCUACCUUCACUCCCACUGGCACCUCUACCCCGAGGGCGUCGGAGCCCGUCAGCAACAGGUCACUGCCUACUUGCAUAAAGAUUUGAAUAACCUGUGGAUUAUAAAGAAACAUGAUUCAAAUACAGAUCUGCUAGAUCCCUCCAGCCCUGUGGAGUUCGUGCAGCAUGGAGAUAUUAUCCGCCUGGAACAUAAAGAAACUUCUAGAAAUCUCCACAGUCACCAGCAUGAGGCUCCUCUGACAAGGAAACAUUUUCAGGUCACUGGCUAUGGAAUAAAUGGAACAGGAGAUACCAAUGAUUUCUGGAGGAUUGAAGUGAUGGGCAGAAAGACUGGGAAGCUCAUAAAAGUCCUCCGGAGUCGGAUCCGGCUAACCCACAUGGCCACAGGGUGUAUAUUGGGCUCCUCUGGAAAGACACUGCCAAAAUGGGGCUGGGAACAAGUGGAGGUUACCUGCACGCCGUAUCUGAAGGAGACUCCCAAUUCCCUCUGGAACGUGGAGGAUCAUAUCAACCCGAAGCUGCCCAAUAUCAGCCUGGAUGUUUUGAAGCCAUCUUUUGUAGAAAUUCUGCUUGAAUCCCACAUGGUUAUGAUCCGGGGAAACAGUGGCCUCAAACCAAAGGACAAUGAAGUCACAUCCAAACCCUGGCACUGGCCCAUCAACUACCAGGGCCUGCGCUUUUCUGGUGUCAAUGAGACAGAUUAUCGGGUUUAUUUGCUGGGAAACCCGGUCAUUUGGUGGCUGAAUCUAGUCACUAUUGGCUUGUAUCUUCUGAUGGCGAUUUCUACCACAGUGGCUCUGAAAAGAGGUGUCCAGCUAACACCUGAACUUAAAGAACUGUCCCAAGUCUUGCUGCAUGGUGGAGGGCAGAUUAUGCUAGGCUGGCUCCUUCAUUAUCUCCCUUUCUUUAUGAUGAGCCGAGUUCUCUACUUUCACCACUACUUUCCUGCCAUGCUUUUUUCCAGCAUGUUAACAGGAAUCACCUGGGACACACUGCUGAAGUUCUGUGCUAGGUUCCUGUCAUCCAGCACUACAGCUGGAAAUGUUUAUGGAGGAGGAAUCCUGGUACUGGUUCUACUCAUCAUGUACAGCUUCUACCUCUUCCAUCCUCUGUCCUAUGGUAUGAUAGGACCCAUGGCCUCAGACCCAAACAGCCCCAUGGCAGGGCUCCGGUGGAUGGAGUCCUGGGAGUUCUAGAGCCAGCAAAGGGAGCUUGGAAGCAGAGACAGAAAUGUGAGAUCUGCUGCAUGUCAGGCUGAUUCCACAGCUUGGAAGACAUGUGGCUAUAAAAUGCCUUCUCUGGAGACCUCUGGCUGUAGUGGCCCUGGUGCUUUGGCAUUUGUUUGCAUUGCCUGCUUUGGAAGAGGAAGAGGGUGAUCGUGAGAAGGCUCUCUGAGGAAGACUCAAGUUAUGAAAUUUUAGGUUAUGUUUCUGGGCAACCAACUACUUAACUGUCAAUUUUUAUGAGCAAUAUAUUGGAGCCCUUUACAGUCAAACAGCAGUGGUGUUUCAGGAGUGAGACCAGUGCAAGUCAUGGGAUGUGUCCACAUGCAUGGAUGUGUGUGAGUGUGUGUGCAUGUGUCUUCUUUCUUGCAAUCCAAGUGCUAUUGCAACUUGGGAGCCAGAUAGUGUCUGAGACAUGAGAAUUUUUAUCACGUUUAACAGUUCUUAUUAUAGUGUUUUGGGGUUUUUCUUAAUCUUUAUGUAAGUACCUGGGGAUCUCUGUGCCGCUCUUCCCUGGCUGCCUGCAUUUUUUGUGAUGUACUUCUAGAAUUUGACUGAACUGAAAGGGUGUCCACUUGAAAUCUCCCUAAGCCACUGUGCCUUGCCUGUCUGUCAGGCUCUGCAGGUAAGGAUUGUUUGUUUAUCCAUGUAUAUUGCCUUGCUUGCUGGCCACCUUUAACCAUUUAUAAUGGUUAGCCAGCAGGCCUCUUCUCACACUGUUCCAGCUCAGCACUUGGCAAUUCCAUCCAGACCUGCAAAGAAGCUACAAAAGAAAUUAUAAUGGAGCAGCAGGUAGUUUAUUUCCUGCCCCAGUGUUCUGUGAAGACUGGCCCCGUUAGGGAUAUGCUAGGAGUCAGAAUGCUAGGCUGUAAAUUGAACUGGCAGCUGUCAUUCUCCUUUGGAAUAAAGCUGUUCCAAUGCCAGGACCUGUAUUUUUAGGAUGAAGGUGUCAUCUUAAUGAAUGUGGCAUCUGCAAAACUGUCAGUGCCCAAGGCAUUUGCACACCGUAUUGCCAUACUGAGCAAGUUCCCUCCCAUAGAUGG